UCUUCAGCCUGCAGAGGGGGUGAAGGUGCUGUUGGGCCCUCUUGAUGACAGCUGUGGUGUUGUCCUUUGAGGUCAGCUCGUCAGUCAGCUGGAUCCUCAGCUCAGAGCUGCAGUAGUGAAGCUCGACUGUCAACUGGACAAUUCGGACCAUUUCUAAGAGCUUAGUUUUUGUGCUGUGAUGGAAAUGAGCUUCCUUCCAUCUCUGUCUGUGACAUGGAGUCUCAUCAUAUUGGCUGUCACUCUUUUGUUUCUUUACGGUGUUUGGCCGUUAAGAUUUUUUAAAAACCUGGGGAUCCCAGGACCAAGGCCUUGGCCCUUUUUGGGAACCUUCCUGUCCUACAGAAAGGGUUUUCACAAUUUCGAUAUGGAGUGCUUCAAGAAAUAUGGAAAAGUUUGGGGGCUAUAUGAUGGAAGACAACCACUUCUGAUGAUCUUAGAUCUUGAAAUGAUCAAGGCUGUUAUGGUAAAGGAUUGUUUCUCUACCUUCACUAAUAGAAGGAACAUGCUAACGACUUAUGAGGGUCCCUUCGCUGAUGCGAUAACUCUAGCAAAAGAUGAAAAGUGGAAACGAAUCCGUGCUUCGCUCUCUCCAUUAUUUACAAGUGGACGACUUAAGGAGAUUUUUCCUAUUGCUGAAAAAUAUGCGGAUCGCUUUAUUGACAAUUUGAAGAGAAACCCAAGAGAAACAAUCAAAGUUAAAGAGGUCUUUGGUCCCUAUUCCAUGGACGUCGUCACCAGUGUUUCCUUCAGUGUUGAAAUUGAUUCCAUUAACAACCCUGAUGAUCAGUUUGGUGCCAAUGUCAAGAAACUUUUGAACUUCAACUUCUUCAGUCCCUUAUUGCUGAUACUUAUCAUCUUUCCCUAUGCUGGUCUGCUGUUAUCCAAACUGGGUCUGAGCUUUUUUCCAAAAUCAACUUUGGACUUUUUCGACAGUGCGCUGAAAAAGAUCAAAGAACAGCAUAGGAAAAAUGAAAAUAGGCGAGUGGACUUCCUGCAGCUCAUGGUCCAAAACCAAAUAUCUGAUGAGCAAGCCAAGAAAGCCGACAAGCACCUAAGCAAAGGCUUGACCGAUGAAGAGAUUAUUUCCCAGUCCUUUAUUUUCAUCCUGGGAGGCUUUGAGACCACCAGCACCACCCUCACUAAUCUACUGUAUAACCUCACAAUUAACCCUGACUGCAUGAGCAAACUGGUGGAUGAGAUUGACACAACCUUUCCUCAUGGUGCUCCAGUGACAUAUGAUGCACUGAUGAAGUUAGAGUACCUGGAAAUGGCCAUUAACGAGUCGAUGCGUCUCCUUCCUACUGCUCCUCGUCUGGAAAGGGUGUGCAAGAAGACGACAGAGCUUAAUGGAGUCACCAUUCCUAAAGAAACUGUGAUCGUAAUUCCUGCAUAUGUUCUGCACAGGGAUCCACAGCUCUGGGAAUCUCCGGAAGAGUUCAAACCUGAGAGGUUCGGUCAUGGGAAUGACAUCAGCCCCUACAUGUUUAUGCCAUUUGGUCUCGGCCCUCGUAACUGUGUCGGAAUGAGGUUUGCACUGAUGAUCAUGAAAGUGGGGAUAGUGAAGCUGCUGCAGAACUUCAGUGUGGAGACAUGCAAAGAGACACAGAUUCCCAUUCAGCUCAAUUCUCUCUUUCAACCAAAGGUUCCUGUGACUCUCAAGUUCAUUCCAAGAACUCACAACAAGGAAUAGUUCAGUGUGCAUUAUGCUUUUGUACUAAUAAUCAUCUUUUCUAUUUAGUGCCACAUUAAGAUUUCGUCUCUGAUCUAUAGGCUAUAUUGUGAGUGUCAAGUACAGCAAAUUAACAACACUUGCUUAAUUGUACAUUUACUGUUUGGUACACGUAUUAAUCCACUUGGUACAAUACAUAUAUACAAUUAAUCACUGGGAUAAAUAUUAAUCCACAAGGAGAACACUUUUGAGCAGUACAUGACAGUGCUCCAUUUAUGAUGCUUUGUCUGUUUUAUACCCCUCUUUUAUACUGAGGAAAUAAUUUAAUAAGCAUGGAGGAAAAACUUGCAUUAACAUGUCUUUAUUUGAUUUGACUUUUAUAAGACUUAAAAUCAGUCCAGCAAUGGCCAGGUAUUUUAAAGUGCCUACUGUAUGUCUGGCCUGUAAUAAUCUUACCAUGGCUUCCAAAUAGUUUACACAGGCUAUGUCUCCUAUUCUGUAAAUCAGUAGGAGUACUGUAAUUUGUUGUGACCCCAUUCAUUUGCAAUGGUUGAAUAUUUCUUACCUUGGCUACAGUAAUUAAAGUUCCAGAAGAAAUUUUAUAAAUGUUAUAAUGCAUCUUUGGGGGAGUACAGGUGACUUGAGAUAACAUGGACAUGUAUUGUUUUGGUCCCGUCCCCCCGAUUAAACAAUAAACUGAAAUGUUAUGGUA